GUUCCCUAAAAAAACGAGGAUAGCUCUUGUCUUCUGAAAAUUUAUCGUUAUUUCCUAAAAGUCGGUACGGUACCAUAUUCAUUCAACACUAUUUUACUAAGUGCUCAGACACGCUAGCCGUUUUCGACGGUGUGUGGUUGCAAAAUAAGUUUAUCAGAUUUCCCUAAAUACAUGUUUUAUUGAUUAUUGAUUAACCUUUUCAGUCACGAGCGUAAGUAUCUCGCACAUAACGUACGGUACUAGUAAUGAAACUGAAAUUUACUGUCUCUAACAAUGAAUAUAAGCUAUCACCAAGCCACAUCUGAUUUACAUACUUAUAGGUUUUUGUCGAAAUAUGUAUCGUGAAUACAUACGCUUAUAACCAGGUCAUAAUUUGCAUUUUCUUUAAUGCAGUGUUUGAUCGUUUUGAAGGAUAGCAACAGAAAUUCUACAGGAACGCGUCUGCCCGGGAGCGGUUAAGGAGGUAUAGAGUCCAGUCGUCCUGUAACGUUGCGGUUUUGCUACAGACUAGACUCGGUGUUUAUAUCAGAGGUUCUGGUCUGUCGCAAUCCUGCUGAAGUCUUCAUGGCCGCUUUGCACGUCUUGCUCUCGGUCCCGCUACUAACUAAGGUUUACAGCAAGUGAUGGCUGAAAUCCAACUGUUGGAACACAUAGGAUUUUAAGUGCCAUCGCUAUCUGUGGACUGUGUUACAUCACUUUGGGUAUUUAGUUAAUUUCUGUACGCUGAGGUGAAAGUGCCUCUAAAUGUCUAUUUGAUUUGAGUAUUGUAAUACAAAAAAAUCCUGAGAAAUGCACCUCAAACUACUCCAAUUUAGAAAUUGAAUGCAACACAAAAUAAUAUAAGUAGCUUCUUAGCAAAUGAAUAUUUGCACAUUUUUGAUGAAUUUUAAAAAUGACAUUUUGUAGAGCAUUAUUUUCUUUUACCAUCAUUGUUUAGUAACAAAAAAAUUAAUAGUAAGAUUUUUUUGAUUUUUUUUUUGAGAAUGUCAAUAUCUAGUUAUUAAGUCUGCUAAAAUCAGGAUAUAAAAUAAAUUUUAUAACAUGGACUGUUCCAAAUUUAUUUUAUUGAAAACCUCUCAAGAGUAAAAAGGUUUAUUACAUAUAGCUAUUUUUCAGCAGUUUGAAAGUAAUGUGUAAAAUUCAUUAGUGUCAGAAUUGUAAAGUUAUUGUUAUCAACGUGUAUCUUAGUUUAUGUAAUUUAAUGGAUUAUGCCUAACAUGAAUAAAAUGAAUGAGGAAGAUCAGCAUAUGCCACCAGCGAAGAAGCCAAAGGUGGACAAUUCGGUAGAAGAUGUUGAUUUCACUCAAGAUGUGUCCAUUGUAGAUAAUAACAAAGACUUUAAGAUAAGUACUGAUAAAUAUACUGAUUAUGUGACCCCUACUGAGCUGCAGCAGCUGCGGGAAUUCAAAGUUCUAGAUGAGGUGAAGUCCAACGAAGAAGAUAGUAAUGACGAGGAUACAGAGUCCACUGAGGGAAAAUCAGAAGGUGUGCCCGAAGAUGAAAUAGAGAAAAUGUUAGAUGAAGAUCUUCCGGAGGGCUUUAAGGGUGCUCCUAAACCUAAGGAGAAGGCAUACGUUAUGGGAAAGAAAAUUGUUUUAGAAGACAAGGGCGCCAACCACUUCGAAGUGCUUCCGCUGGAUUGGAUGAUGGUCCGACACUACAGCGGCAUGCCGGUCUACAUGCACCGCUCCACCAGGGUCUGCACGCUCUCCAAGCCCUACUUCCUCGGGAAAGGGAACAUCCGGCGGCACGAUAUUCCCAUCAGCGCCAUCCCGUGUCUUGCGUACAGAAAGUACUUAGAGGAGGAAGAAAAACAAAAGGAAAUUGACAACAAGAUCCAAGAACAGAUCCGCAAUGGGACCUGGAACACGGUGCAGAGCGACGCCGCCUCAGAGCCGCCCGUUCCUCGCUGCCCCUUCGCUGCCACCAGUGCCACUACUGGGGACCCCGCCGACAGCGCUGCCACUGGGGACACCACCAUCAGCGCUACCACUGGUGCCACUACUGGAGACACCACCAGCAGUGCUACCACAGGCGACACUACUGGAGACGCCACCAGCAGUGCUACCACCGGCGGCACUACUGGAGACACCACCAGCAGUGGCGGCAGUGUAAGCAGGCAGGAGAACGAUGAUGGCAUCCCCGCCAACAGGAAACCGGUGGUUCUGCCCGGCGGGAUCGUGAUGCCUCCCCCCAGGGUGGAGACCGUCAGCACCAGCUGGAAGACCCAGCACUUGACUCACGAGCAGGUCAACGAGUACUGCGCUAAGCUGUUCAAGUUUAAGACCGUCAAUAUUAUGCUUUUCAAGCGCUGGGCCGACAAGCGCAAGUACACCAAGGCGCGGAAGGCCCUGCAGUACCCGGCGCUGCCCGAGGGCACCAAGCUCAUCGCCAUCCCCGCGCAGCACGGCGCGCACGACGCUGAAGGCGGCAAGUCCACCAAGCGCGACUGGGUCAUGAACAUGGACGGGCGCAGCUACCUCGCCGUGUUCCACGAGUACGUGGGCCGCGCCCUGCAGAAGCAGCCCGUCUACGAGUUCAAGCAGCUGGAGAACGCCGCCACGCCCUACCAGGCCACGGUGUACAUCGGCGGCAUGCAGUACGGCGUGGGCCGCGGCUCCAGCAAGCGCCAGGCCAAGUCGGCGGCCGCGCGCGCCUCCAUCCACAUCCUCAUCCCCGAGAUGAAGGACGAGCUGGACGGCCGCCGCCGCGACGCCGACCCCGACUUCACCUUCUUCGACUACGUCGGCAUCGAGGACCCGCGCAUCGCCGAGUUCUGCGCCGCCACCUGCGAGCCCUCGCCGCACGCCAUCCUGCGCACCUGCCUGCUCAGGAACUUCGGCGCCGGCGACCGGCACGUGCACACCGAGAUGAAAAAGUUUGAAAACCAAAAGAUUGAACUGACGAUGAAGGUGGGCAAGCACACCGCCACCGUGGUCUGCAAGAACAAGAAGACGGCCAAGCAGCGCGCGUCGCAGUCCAUCCUGCAGGCUCUGCACCCCCACGUGCGCUCGUGGGGCUCACUGCUGCGGCUGUAUGGUUCGCGGUCCGUGAAGAGCUGCAAGGAGAAGAAGCUAGAGGAGCAGCAGAUCACGCUCCUGCAGGACAAGGCGCGCCACAACGAGCCCAACUACGCGGUGCUGGAGAAGCUGCGGAACGAGAUGCGGAAGCUGCGGGAGCGCGACGCGGCCGUGGUGCCCAUCGGCACGCUGCUGCUGGCCGACGACCUGCCCUCGCACUCCGCCUCCAACCUCAACAACGUCGAGCUCUGAGCGACUUCACGUGCCCUGGCACCCUCUACAUAAGUAAUAAGUAGAAACAAUACUGUGCGCGCGGGGGCUGCCGCCGGGGGGCGCCACCUCCGGUCGCAGACGACUGCUGGCUAUAUAAUUAUUCAAUUUCCUCUUCUGAUUUUGAUUAAUUCAAUGAAAACAUAAUUCAACCCCAAAAAAAAGUCCCAAAACAACAGCAAUUAUUUGUGUAAAUAAUAAACUUUUUUAAUUUAUUGUUAAAACAAACCCUGGUAAUGCCGCCACCGGUGCGCGCCCCCACAUGCGAGGGGGUGAGAAGGCCCAAGGACCGGCACAAACGUAUUCUGGGUGUCCGCAGCGCGCGGGCCCGUGUCUCCGUAAUGAAGCUGUCGUUAAAUUAAUUGUGUCGAUUACUUGUGCACGGCGGUCGAGCUGCGGCACGCGCCCUGCCAGCCUCCUCGGUGCAGGCGUGUUGCGCUGGGGCUCGGGAUGAGUAAAAACUCUCACCGAAAUACAAAUUAAGACUCGAAUUUGAUUAUUACGACUCUCAUGGUCCACUUUCGUCCGCUGCAUCUCUUCGAGUAGAAGUGAGUUCCGACAGCUGGGCGUGUGCCCCCGCGCUCCCGACACGACGGUUCUACGGUUUCCAGAACUUCAACGGUAGUACUGUAGUACUAGUCUCUUCGGCAUCACAGAUGGCGUUACUUACAUCUCUAUCGACAUGACACAACUUUUUAAAUAAUGUUAGUUAAAUCAUCUGCUUAGGGCUCUAUAUACUUAGUUUUAUUUUCAUUGUUCAAGUCGAGCCACCUAUUUUUAAGUCUAGAUAAUAUUGUACAAUACGUUAGAACAUAAUAUUGCAAUACGUUGGCAACAUAUUACCACCUCAACACGGCGUGUCCGGGUGGCGCGCGCGUCGUGGUGCUGACCGCGGCCCUUCUGUCCCGGGUCAGGAUGAAGGAGCGCAAGAGUAGCCACCCCUACGACAGUUUCACAAGAGCGGGGCGUUGAUGUCUUGAGGAAAAUCGGACAAUGACCACAAAAAAAUUAGUAUCCAACAUUACUUUAUUCACGACCAGCGGCACCCGGGCACGCCGUGGUCGUGUGAAAACCAUCGAUUUCUUGAAGCCAGCAUUGCGCGGCCACGGUGCCGACGAGGGUACCAAGCUUGGUCACAAUCGGACCGAUGGUUUGGGAACGCACAUAGGACAAAUAUACAAACUCCAUUUUUAUAUAAUAUAUAGAAGAUAAUGAAUUCAAAUCAAAAAUAAUCUCAUUAAUUAUGAUUAGCGCUAGUGGGGUCCGAGCUAUUUAUUGUAGUCUAUGAACUUUUCAAAUAAAAUAAAGUGUUAAAAUUU